ACAAACGCCCUUGGGUGUGCAUUACUUCAAGCAAACAGAAGUGUACCCUGCUGCGAAUGGGGAUGCCUGGCUGGGGGUGGGGGGACCCGAGUGCACCACAUGCAGCUGAGAGAGAAUUCCUGGAGAAAGCCCCUUUCCUGUCAUAGCACCCACAGCAGUCUGAGCCUGCUCGCAGCCCAACAGCCUCUCCGAGAAUGCUACAUUUAAAAGUGCAGUUUUUGGAUGAUUCCCAGAAGAUUUUUGUGGUUGAUCAAAAGUCAUCCGGAAAGGCACUGUUUAACCUGAGUUGCAGCCAUCUAAAUCUUGCCGAAAAGGAAUAUUUUGGAUUAGAAUUCUGCAGCCAUUCUGGAAAUAAUGUUUGGUUGGAACUUCUGAAGCCCAUAACAAAGCAAGUAAAAAAUCCUAAGGAGGUUGUUUUCAAAUUUAUCGUGAAAUUUUUCCCAGUGGACCCUGGACAUCUUCGGGAAGAACUUACAAGGUAUCUUUUUACUCUUCAAAUAAAGAAGGAUUUGGCUGUAGGAAGACUUCCAUGCAGUGACAACUGUACAGCAUUGAUGGUAUCUCACAUCUUACAAUCAGAGCUAGGAGACUUUCAUGAAGAAACAGAUAGGAAACAUCUGGCACAAACCCGGUACUUACCAAACCAAGACUGUUUAGAGAGCAAGAUCAUGCACUUUCAUCAGAAGCACAUCGGCAGGAGCCCAGCUGAAUCUGACAUUCUGCUGCUGGACAUAGCGAGGAAGCUGGAUAUGUAUGGCAUCAGGCCUCACCCCGCCAGUGAUGGCGAAGGGAUGCAGAUUCACCUGGCUGUGGCCCACAUGGGAGUACUCGUGUUACGGGGAAAUACAAAGAUCAAUACCUUUAACUGGGCUAAAAUUCGCAAGUUGAGUUUUAAGAGAAAGCAUUUUCUCAUCAAACUUCAUGCCAAUAUCUUGGUGUUGUGCAAAGACACCUUGGAGUUCACCAUGGCCAGCCGAGAUGCCUGCAAGGCUUUCUGGAAGACUUGUGUAGAAUACCAUGCUUUCUUCAGGCUCUCUGAAGAGCCCAAAUCAAAGCCCAAAACCCUACUCUGCAGCAAGGGUUCCAGUUUCCGCUAUAGUGGAAGAACCCAAAGGCAACUUUUGGAAUAUGGGAAAAAAGGGAGGUUGAAGAGCUUACCAUUUGAAAGGAAACAUUACCCGUCUCAGUACCAUGAACGACAGUGCAGGUCCUCGCCAGACCUCCUCUCUGAUGUGUCAAAACAAGUGGAAGAAUUGGGGCUACCAUAUGGCAGUGGGUACUACCGAAACAUGAAUGGAGUGCAUGCAUCUGAGCCUGUGCUAGACAGCAGGAGGAGGAACUCUGCAGUGGAGGUGACAUUUGCAGCUGAGCUGGAGCGUUCCAAACUGGAGGCAGAUCCCACAUCAUUACAGCAGUCCCAAAGCAGUUCUUCUUUCCAUUUUAUUUACACAGACCCUGUCUUUAACACUGAUCCUGAUCCCAGAGACUUCUUUGAGGAGAGGAGUCCUCUAAGCUCCUUCCAAACAAGCCGUAAGUUUGCUGACAAUCACAUGGGCACAUCUUCUGGCCUCACGAGCAAAGUGAGUCCAGCAAGGCAGCUAACUUACACAGAUGUCCCCUAUAUUCCUUGUACCAGUCAGCAAGUUGAUAUCAUGCCUCCCCAAGUCUUUUUUUAUGUGGACAAGCCACCCCAGGUGCCCAGACGAUCUCCAAUCAUGGCAGAGGAAAGGGUAAGACCAGAAAUUUAUAUAGAGCCCACUGCAAUAAAGUCAGCCAAAAGAAGCCCAAGAAAUAUCCGAAUGAAGAGCUUUCAGCAAGACCUUCAAGAACUCCAAGAAGCUAUGGGCAGGACUAGUGGUAAGAGCAAAAUCAGUGUAGAUCUAGAAGAGGAAGACCCAAAUUUGGAAGAUGCAUUUGCAUAUAACAUUCAAGAGCAAACCCCUAAACGGUCCCAGAGCCAAUCAGACAUGAAAACUAUUCGUUUUCCUUUUGGGUCAGAAUUUAGGCCUUUAGGGCCUUGUCCUUCUCUGAGUCGUAAAGCAGACCUGUUUACAUGCAUGUUUGCAGAGCAGGAGUUUCCAGCGGUUCUAGUGGAUCAGAGUACAGCAGAAAGGUAUGUAGCUAGUGAAUCCAGUGAUUCUGAAUCAGAGAUUCUGAAACCAGACUACUACUCUUUGUAUGGCAAAGGAAUAAGGUCACCCAUGGCCAGAAUCCGCUUGUCUUCUGGUAGUCUACAGCUAGAUGAAGAAGAGGAAGAUGUUUCUUUCAACACACCACCUGCUGAAGACAGGACUUUGCUAAAACCAUGUAAUUACUUUUUAGCUUAAAAGUGUGAACUCUUUGAACAUUUAUGGGCCAGUUCCAUGUUACCAACUCAGGGGGGAAAUAAGGAACCUUUUACAUAAAUGGUUUUCAUAGCUACUAUUCAUUGGCAUUAAGGGAUUCAUCUAAGUUUGGGCACCUAGCUUGAAAGAUCCAGCUGCUGCAUCAUUCCUCGAGCUUCACUCUUCUGUGCUCUCUGAAGGGACUCUGGAACAUUCUCUCCUCACCAGCACUGUGGUGGGGUGAAGUGGGUAUUUGUCAUCUCCAUUAUACAUUUCCUCAUAAAGACAUUACAAAUGAAGUUCAGAAUCUUCAACACUGAAUGGUGAAAGAAUGGGUGGCAUAUCAAAUUGGCUUCUAAUGACAUUUAUUUAGUAGAUUGUGACUGUGUUGAUCAUUUUGUUCUUAACUAAUACUGAACAAAGGUUUCAGUCCUCAUGAUCUGCGUGGGGCCCAGUAAAAAGUUGUGUUGUAUGUUAAGGACUUCAAUUUUUAUAACAUAUGUAGGGGGACAUGGUCUUUUUACAGCCUCAGAAACAAGGUGGAGGCAUAGAUCCUCUCAACAGAACACAAGAUUGGAAUUAAUGUAGGACUGGUAGAAUUCUAAACCUAGGAAAUUCAUGAAUUAAAUCAAUUUCUAAAGCCAAAUAUAUGCCUGAUGAGGAUAUGUUUGACUUAUAACCUCUAUAUUCUUAACUAUCUAUUUAUUACAUAUAGCGGAAGAUAAACAUGAUAGGUCAGUAUAUUUAUCUAAUCUUCCUGCCAGAAUUUAUUUUUUGCCAUAUCUUGUUAAAUGCAUGCAGGCAAAGAAAUGAGAUGAGUGUUCUUUUAAUAAAGAGUGAUGGAAAAUCCAUUAAAUUAAAAGAUAAGUUA